GUGGCGGAGGCAUGGCGCACAAAGCCAAAGAUAGAGUAACAAAUCAGGAAUUUCCCUUCUGCCACUCCUGGGAGCGAAUGAGAGGACCUGAGGUGAGGAAUGAGCGCCUCUCCAAAGCGAGGUCGUCUUCAUCAACUUUCUGAGAGUUUACCAAGAGUUUCAUCUGUCCAGAAAAGUUGUGGGGGACAUUUUAAAGUUUUUUUUUUCUCCCGCAGCCUGAAGUCAUCUGACCCAUGGAUUCACACAGAGUCCGUUCUAGAAAAGCGCAGUGCAGGAGCAUCGAGACAGCGGACUGAGUUGGAAGUUUGGACCUUUUUAUUUUUAAGACAAAAAGAUGUGGUUGGAAUCGCUGCUGGUUUGUUUUUGCUGCUAACGUUUUGCUCUUGUUCUGAAUGUUGGCCCAACCUCAUCUGGAAGGAAUAAAAGUUUGAUCCAGAAAUGGGAUUACGCGCGUGAAGAAAGUGGAAUAAAACCAACGAAAACGCCAGUUUGGAUACGGAAAAUGCGGAGAAAAAGCUGCGUCUAGAAGGAUGCUGCUGCGUUUACAAUGGAAGUGAAGAACUCGUUUGCACUUUCUGUGGUGGUUUGCCUUUACUUUUACUCUGCUUUUAGCCAAGAACUCAACCCCAAAGGCAAGAAUGUGUGCAAAGCACCUGGGUCAUUGGGAUGGCGUUGCUGCAGUGGAUGGAGGCAGCAGGGGGACGAAUGUGUGACACCUCUCUGUGAAGGCAACUUCACCUGCAAGGAAAACGAGGUGUGUGUCAGGCCAAAUGAAUGCCGUUGCCGUCAUGGUUACUUUGGAGCCAGCUGCGACACAAAAUGUCCUGCCCAGUACUGGGGCCCAGACUGCAAGGGGAAAUGUAACUGCUAUCCUAAUGGCCAGUGUGACGACGUGAACGGGAAGUGUACCUGCAACCACAACCGCUGGGGAACUAACUGCGAGAAGGUUUGUCUUUGCCAAAAAGGCAAGUGUGACCAAGAAACAGGGAAGUGCAUCUGUCACCCUGGAGUGUGGGGCCCGCAGUGUAACAACAACUGCUACUGCAGCGUCAACUCCGUUUGCGACGUGAACACGGGGCGAUGUCUGUGCAAUCCUGGCUGGACGGCGAGAAGCUGUGCAACCCAGUGCAACUGCAACAACUCCCCAUGCGACCAGUACACAGGGCGCUGCCAGUGCCGGGAAAAGCUGUGGGGUCCACGGUGUGAGAGGUACUGCCAGUGCAUCCACGGCAAGUGCAACCAGGCGGACGGCUCGUGUACCUGCACUCCAGGAUACCGCGGGAAGUUCUGCAGGGAACCGUGUCCUGCUGGAUUCUACGGUCAAAACUGCAGGAACAAGUGUGGACACUGCAAAGGCCAGCAGCCUUGUAAGGUCACGGAAGGACACUGCAUCACCUGUGAAAGAGGCUGGAAUGGGACACGGUGUGAUCAGCUUUGCUCUAAAGGCUUCUUUGGGGAAAAGUGCCAAGAAGUGUGUCCUGCGUGUAAGGACGGUUACCACUGCGACCCCAUCCAAGGCAAAUGUGCUCACUGUAACCCUGGCUGGAUUGGAGACAGGUGUGAGGUGCGCUGUCCCAACGGCACCUAUGGAGAGAACUGCGAGAACAACUGCAGUCACUGUUUUAACGGCAUCUGUCAUGUUGUCACUGGAGAAUGCCUUUGCGACCCGGGCUUCUAUGGCAUCUACUGCAAUAUGACUUGUCAGCCUGGUCAACAUGGCGUCAACUGCAACCAAAGCUGCCCCUGUCAUCACAAGAGCUGUGAUCCUGUGUCUGGUGCCUGCCAUCUCCAGCCCAACCAGCGGAUGGGUGUGAUCGCAGCUGGUUCCCUGGUCUCCUUUUUACUGAUUGUCCUUCUUUCACUGCUGUUCUGCUGCUGCCUCUGUCAGCACAAAGACAACCCCAACAAAAAAGCCAAACGGAUUUUGUGUGGACGAUUCAGCAGAAUCAGCACCAAACUUCCCCGUAUUCCACUGAGGAGACAGAAACUGCCCAAAGUAGUCGUUGCACACCAUGACCCAGAAAACACCUUCAACUGCAGCUUCAUCGAGCCGCCGUCCGUGGCCGAGCAGCCGUCCCCCUCCUCCUGGUCGUCCCAGGAGUCCUUCUCUUCCUUUGAAAGUGGAGACGAGGGGCCAGUUUACUGCGUCCCUCAUGAAGAAUCUGCAAGUGAGAGCAAAGAGAAGCCAAUCCCUGCAGCAGAAAAUCUAGAGGAUGGCCUCGAUGAGGAGGAUGCAGGGGAGUACACCACCCUGACAAACACCAGUGUUAAACCAGAGAGCAGUGAGCAGUCCUUAAUCAAGUCCUCUGACAGCGAGGGUUCCAACAGUGGCUCUGAGUCUGCACCUCACUACGCCUGCAUCAACCGCUCUCCCAAGCAUGCAAAGGAGGAUGACUGUACUCCUACACCAGAGGCGAAGCACAACGGAAAACCACCACCUUCACCUGGUAAGCCAAAACCACGCCCACCAGAUCCGUCUACCAAGCCUAAAGUCUCAUGGAUACAUGGGAAUACAACAGGUCCCCCACAACCAGAGCAACAAGGAGGAAUCAAGGUUCUUGCAGUUUCAAAGGAGAACAAGGGAAAAAGCCAAGACCAACUAAAGAAACACGAAGGCAAAGCGGCAGAUUCAAAUGGCUCCCCCGGCAAACACAAACCUCUGCGAGGCAAGAAGUCUGGGGAUCAGCAAAGUAGUCCAUGUCACAAGGUACACAUCAAUGGUGUCGUUCAAAAUGCCCUAAAGAAGAUAAGUAACUUCCGUGGCUCCUCACCUGAGAAGAAUAAUGUUGAAAAUCCAAAGCAGAGCACUAAGGAGCCACCCAAGAGCCCUAAAGUGAUCCAUCCUCACAUGAACUCAGAGGCUGCCACUCUGCUUGCUGCUCAGCUCAAGGAGAAAACUCAAAGCAUCAACAGGAAUGAGGGGACAGGACUAACAAAGAUUAAUGGUCUCUCUCUUCCAAAGGGUGACCAUGAGAAGCCAACACCUCCACAGAAAGCCAAGAGAACCAACUCAGGUGGACUUAGCCAGCAGGGCUCCACCAAGCCUCUGCUGCCCACCUCAAGCAGCCUCCAGAAGAUGGUGGCGCCUGUCACCAACAGCUUCGGGACCCCCGAAGCCAAGGGCCCGGAAAAGCAGGACUUGAACGGCUCCAGAACAGGGGACCUGUUGGAUUCUACACCAAAGAAGACGCCCAUGAAAAAGCCACCUAGGAAGAAAGGCAAGGGGGGUACCUUGGAUCCCCCUGAAAGUAAAACACCCCAGCAAAAGACAGCCAUUAUGCCACCACAGGUGGUGAAGUGAAGUGACGUGCUUGUAAGGAAAAUGCACACGCUUGUGAUGAUUUUUUCCAGAGACUGACAUUUAAUUUGACGGUAGCGACCACAUAGUCUUUCUAUGAGCGUGUGUGCUGUGACUGAAGGAUGGACGUUUCAAGAUCAGUACAUUCUUUUAAACUAAAGGGUGCAAUUGAGUCAUGGUGGGGAGGUGUAUUAUAAAAACAUUCAUAUACCAUUAUAUUACACUUCAAAAAUCCUGUUUUGUAUAAUCAGUAUGUAUCAACCUCAUGCUACACCUAUUUGUAAGCCAAACACAAGUGACGCAAAGACAUUGUCAUCCAUCUCUAUGCAAUUCAUUCAUUCAUUAGCUGUUGGAUACUUUUACAAUGCAAGUACAACACAAAUAGAUGUUUAACUCCAAAAUUACAAACAGCUAUUUCUCCACAGGUACAAACCAUAAGCAGAGUGCCAGACGCUCUUAUGAUUGCAAGCUAUUAUUUUAUUCUUACUUUUAGUUUUUUUCAUUUUCUAUCGCGUUCUACGCCAAAGCCGCCUUCGGGGACAAUCCUCAUUCUCUCGUUAUGGAUGGAUGUUUGUUUGAUUGUUAAAAAUAAAACUCAAGAGUUUCUGUCAGAUCUAUAAGCUGUCGUUGUUUUCAACAUUUUUCACCCUCUAAAUAAUUUAGAUUUUCUUUUUUUGUAAUUGAAAAUUAACUCAUUCACUGCCGGCCGUUUCCUGAUCAGAAAGCCCUUCACUGCCAGCGUUUCUCACCGUUUUUACUGUUUUUUAAGAGUGACAGAACGUUGCGCGCUAGGAUGAUGUCGACGCCAAAACAAUGCGGAGACUCACCUCUUACAUCAGGAAGAAUCUGCGCGUUUCGAGCAUUAUCCGUUCUUUCAUAAUCCGUUGUCGAAUUGUGAUCGGCAGAAGCUUUUCCAGUUCGCUCCUCACUUUUUUGUACAGCAGCGGCCCAAAACGAUCUCCUAACACACUGAUGUUCUGCUUCCUGAUCACGUGACGUGUGAUGUACGUGGAUGAAGAUCGGCUUUUGAGCUGAGAUGUUUGUUCUCAGCGCAGGGGCUCGUUCCGACACCCACACAGUAAAGAAAGGCAAAUGACGACUUUAGUCGUCAAUGGCAGUGAACGAGUUAAAAUGUAAAUUUCAACAGUUUAAAGGGUGAGAGUGUCAGGAUUUAUUUUGAAUCUUUAAUUCCUGAAUAAAUGUUUCUGCUGAUUUUUAGUCUUCUGAGUACAGUGGCAGGACUCAUUGUCCUAAUCCACCCUAUGCAUCCAGACGUAAAUUCUGCAAGACAGAUGUGUUUGAUAGCUGUUACUCUUGAUUUCUUCCCAGAUCGAGUCAUGUAGGGACCGCGUGUAAAAACAAAGGAAUCAGGUUCAGUGUGGAGUUGUAGGCUUUUGCGAGAUUUUAUAAAGUUGAACACAAAGCUGAUUAAGUUUGAGUUCAUUCUUUAUUACCUGAUUAAUGUCAAGAGAAAACCUUUUUUCUGACUUCUACACAUCUGUUUUUUUUUGUGUUACUGUUUUAUUUACAACAUGUUAGGAAUACAGUGCAUCAGAAAAGGGCCGUAGGUGGUAUCUUGUGGGACCAUAAACAACUGAACAAGGAUAUUUUAAAGGCUGAAACGUUUCCAUCAGCUCGAGUGUGGAGUCGAGUACACAUGUUGAUGGAGACAUUUUCCUUUCGGACUUCUCCGUGAACUGGAGAGCGUUGCAAAGUUGGACAACAGAAGGCGUAGAGCUUUUCUGGGGUAUCCUGCCACCAUUACAUUCAAGUCUCCGGUCCAAGAUGGUGCCUUUCCUAUUGUGUUUAUAUUGCUUUAAUGUACUUCAGAGACUUUUUAACACGGACAAAUUUGUCCCUCAUUCUCUUCCACCUCUUCAUGCGGUCGCCACCUCUAAACCCACGUUUCCCGUCACUUCCGUCCACAAAUAGAUGCUUGCUGCAUAUUUCUGUACUCUUUCAGUCACGGUGAUUAGACACUUGAUGUUUUUGGACUUUUUCCACGAUGCAUACUUCGAUCUGUUCCAUGUCUGCUGCUAAAAAUCGUUGUUUUUUUUUAAUGGGGAAAUGGCGGCGCUGUUGACGAAUUUAAAAGAAGCAGCAUCCUGACCAAUCACAAGCUUGCAAUCCCUGACCCUUUCAAUGGAAAUGGUAAAUGAUAAAUGGCCUGUAUUUCUAUUGUGCCUUCUUAGGGAUCUACGACCCCCCAAGGCGCUUCCCAACACAAUUAGUCAUUCACCCAUUCACACACACAUUCACACGCUGUUGGGUAUGAGCUACAAUGUAGCUACAGCUGCCCUGGGGUGCACUGACAGAGGCUGCCGAGCAGUGGCGCCACCGGCCCCUCCGACCACCACCAGUUAAAAAGUUGGGCAUAUCUCCGCCACCCUCUGUGAGCCUGUCGGAGAGCCCAUGUGCCGGCACAUAUUGGCGUACCAUUUCUCCGCACCAACGCAGAUGGAGAAGGAUAAAUCGGGCUUAAGGCUAACCAUAUUUCUGCAGGGUCAUGUGCCCUCUGGCUCCGCCCCUACAUCCACCAAACCACAAGACUAAACCAUAAAACACCAAACCAAUUAGUGUUUUCACCAGGAUUUUGCUUUAAUUCACAUUGAAUUCACUUUCUUUUCUUUUACUGACGAUUUUUUUGUUUUUUCCUUCGAUCGCUCAACAGAAGCAAUGAAAGUUUUCAGACUUCAAAAACAGUUCGUCAGAGUUGAGUGAUUUUUGUGAAAGGUGUGUGGAAAAAUGUUCUGCCAUUUCAUGAUAAUGUCAAUCUAGCAAACUCAUUCUAAACUAAGAAAAAUGCUUCAGUCGGCUUGUUUGGGGCUAAAGUUGAGACUAAAUGGUACUUUUGGAAAUACAUGUGCCUCAACAGUAAAUCAGUUGGGCAAAAGCAACUUUCUGAUCUUUUCACCAGUGGGUAUUUCUAGUAAUCAUUUGAACCCUUAUACGACCUUAGUGUUCAAAGGACAAAAACGUUAGAAAAUUAAAGGGUUAUAUAAGGGUUAAAACAGUGUGGGAAACUAAAGUUGGACUAAUUAAGCUUUUAGAGAGGGAAAAUGUUUAGUAAAUGGGUAUUUUAUAAGAAGGUUUUACAGAAAGAGUUAUAAAUGAUGAAUGAUAGAAAGAAGUAAACUUGUGUUUGGAGAGGACAGAUUUCACAUUUUCUGACACAACUUGGUCUUUUAUUGAGGUACAGAAGAUUUCUUGGUUUUUUACUCCUUGUAUACACUGUGUACUUUUUAUUAUCUGUAUAAGCUGUGCUUAUAUGACUCUUCAGGUUCUGUUUUCUUUGGUGUCAGUAAAUGGCUUUCAUGAGGUAUUUUGCUUUUUGGGGUUUGUUUUUCUAUGCUGUUUAUUUUGAGCGCUGAAGCAAAUCAGCAGUAUGAGUUCUUCUCUUCUGUAAAGUUUACAUUGGCUUUGUGAUUGUUCUCUGUUGAUGUUAUUGUUUCUGUAACACUUAACUGCAUGACGCAGAGUGUAAUUAUAUGGCAUUAUGGCUGGAGAAGAAAUCUGUAACGUUCCUGUUGCUUUCGUUUGUUAUUGCUGCCUCACGUGAAGUCUCAUAAAUCAAUAUUGUACAAUGCAAACACAAUACCACUGUUCAAACAAUUACAAAUGCUUAUGGUCAUGAUAUUUUGUAAUUAUUAUAAAAAGUUAAACUUUG